AUUCUGUUUCCUCUUCAUUCCUCUUUUCUUCACUCUGCUUUUUUACUUGCUCUGCUUUGCUGUUCGAUUCCGACGAUGGCGUGGAGGUGAGGAGAUUGUAUCGGAAGGGGAGGUUACGGGGAGGUGUUUAUCGCCAUCCCAAGUAACCCCGCCUUCAAGAAUAUGGCCGUGAAAUCGGCGCCAGUAGAGAACGCCGUCUCUCUUUGAUCGAGUACCAAAUUUUGGAGAAGUUUCGCGACGUCCCAGGAGUGGUGCAAACUUACGGCGAUCAAAUCAGAGAACCCGAACCCGGAAGUCGCGGAGGAGGAAGAACGUACAACCUGCUAAUGGAACUCGCGCCCCGAGGAUCUCUCGUCAAUUUGAUCGCCGAUUACUCCCGCAUCGGACGACAAACAACAAAAAUCCCGAAAACUCACGUCAGAGGCUACGCAAGAAUGAUUCUCCGUGCUCUCUCCUCCAUCCAUUCGCUUGGAUUCACCCAUUGCGACAUUAAACCCGACAAUGUCUUGUUUUUUUGCGCGAAAAACAGGGGAGGGCAGAGUCUCUGCGAAUUGAAGAUCGCGGAUUUUGGGCUGGCAAGGGAGACCUCGAAACUGAGUCCCAAGAGCAAGAGAUUCACAGGAACGCUGAGGUAUAUGCCGUCGGAGGUGGCGGUGGAGGGGAAGGUUUCGCCGGCGAUGGACUUAUGGGCGUUGGGCUGCACUUUAGUGGAGAUGCUGACGGGGAAUGUGCCCUGGAGCAGAUUCAAGGAGGGCCGAGAAGAAUUCAUGGAAAUUGCAGCAGUCGGGACGCUAGAGAUUCCAGAGUUGGUGUCGGUGCAGAGGAAGGAUUUCUUGAGAAAGUGUUUUGCCAGGGAUCCCAGCCAGCGGCUGCACGUUGAUAUGUUUCUCAAGCAUCCCUCGUGGAAGAUUAUGGUGUCAUAGGAGACCAAAGGUCAAAGACGACGGCGAUCGGUGGAGGAGGAAUGGAGAUGCAGAGAUCGGCCCUAGUUGUGCGUCCUCGUCAGUUGUUUCAGCCGGUAAUGUGUUUACCCAUAAAAAAAUCAGAUUGUACCACAUGGAUUAACUACAAGAAAUUCAAUGGAUUUAUAAGGCCAGCUCAACAUUAAUGAUUAAAAGAGCCAGCUGGGCCUAGUUGGGUUGGAUUUUUGGGCCUAAGUGGCCACGCCUCUUCUUCCCUACACGAUGGCCGACCCGUCUCCUUGGCCCCAUAGCCGGACGAUGUGCUUCUCCCCUUGGUAGAAAAUUUGGCCUCCAAAAAACUAAGUCUUGGAAACAAGGCGACGCAACGGGGUGCCAAAUGACCGGGUACCAAAUAGGAGGCCAUCCAAAAACUAAUUCUUGGAAACAAGGCGACACCACGGGGUGCCAAAUGACCGGGUACCAAGCCGGAUAACAAAUAGGAGGCCAUCCAGAAACUAAGUCUGGAAACAAGGAGACACGACGGGGGCCCGGGUUAUAAGGCCAUCCAAAAACUAAGUAUUGGAAACAAGGCAACACAACAGGGUGCCAAACGACCCGGGUCAACGACGGGGUAUCAAGCCGGCAAAGCAAGGCUUGGUACUUUGACGUAGAAUUUGGCUAAGUAUUGGUACUUUGACAUAGAAUUUGGCUAAGUAUGAAGCAAAAGGGGUAUCAAGCCGACAAUGCAGACUUGAUACAAAAAGAUAUAAAAAUUGGCUCUAAGUAUGGGGCCAAGAGGGUACCAUGCCGGAAAGGCGGGCUUGGUACCAAGACAUGGAAUUUGGCUAAGUGUGGAGCUAAGGGGGUAUAAGGCCAUCCAAAAACUAAGUCUUGGAAAAAAGGCAACACAACAAGGUGCCAAACGACCGGGGUCAACGAUGGGGUAUCAAGCUGGCAAAGCAGGGUUUGGUACUUUGACAUAGAAUUUGGCUAAGUAUUGGUACUUUGAAAUAGAAUUUGGCUAAGUAUGAAGCAAAAGGGGUAUCAAGCCGAUAAUGCAGACUUGAUACCAAAAGAUAUGAAAAAUUGGCUCUAAGUAUGGGGCCAAGAGGGUACCAUGCCGGCAAGGCGGGCUUGGUACGAUGACAUGGAAUUUGGCUAAGUAUGGAGCUAAGGGGAUACCAGGCCGGUAAGACAACCUCGGUACCAAGACCCCUACAAGGUACCAAGCCGGCAUGACAGGCUAGGAAGCCAAGCAAGGCGACGGGGUGCCAUGACCCCAAGGGGGUAUCAAGCCAAUAAAACGAACUUGAUAGCCAGACAUCAUGGUAUCAAGCCAACAAGACAAGAAAUUUGACUAAGGCAUGGUGAUUAGCUGAGGUGGCCACCCAACUAGGUACCAAACAACCAUGGAUGGAUCGACCAGGAUGUCGGGGGCCAUAUGGAGACAAAGUCCAAAGACGGGCUUGGUAGCACCUUAACGGGGUACCAAACCGACAGGGUGCAACUUACCAACUUAACGAGGCUAUAAACACUAAGUAUGGAGACCAAACCGGCAAGGCUGGCUUGGUAAUAGGAGCCGACAUGACUGGCUUGAUGGAAGGGGUAUCAAACCAGAGACACAAUAAAAGCGGGAGCAAGAAAAGGAAAUAAAGCUAAGUGUGGAGUCUUGGGGGCUGCCAAGAGUGGGGUCGAGACUUCAUCAUGGAGGCAAGGUUGAGGGCUUCAACCUCAUCCAGUCAAGACAAGGCGACAAGACCAACACCAAUUCGGUUGGGCGUCGAGGGCAUCAAGUACCAACCAGUCAACAAGACGGGUCAAGGAGGUGAAGAACAAGACAAUGGUUACCAAUUGGCCACCAAGGCAACAAAAAAGGGGUCUCUAAGGCGGUUGGAGCAACAAGCCGGCUAGCAAUUACCAAGGAUAUUACUCCUAGUGGCUAUAAAUAGGAGAAACGAAG